AUGGAAGCGAAAGAAAGCUUUUGGGAGCUGCAUCGCAAGCUGGCUGAGUGCUACCAGCAUGACGUGGCGGCGGGUAGCAUGGCGCAGCCCCCGCACCAUGUGCCAGUGCACCCACCACUCAUCGAUCGGCGCGGCAGUUUGCAGCGGCGGCUUAGUCUCCAAAGUGUGCAAAAGGAGAACUCGAUGGCGUCAGGUGUGGAGGAAGCUCCAAAGUCGCCAGCAGGAGGAAAGCCAGCAAGGAUGGUAUCCUUCGACAGAAACUCCACCGUCAAAGUGAUCGACUUCGACGAGGCCUCGGUGGCGAAGGUAAUCCCGACAGCAUCCUUGACGCCAUCUGCGGAAGACUUCACUGAUACUGCAAGGGCCAGGGCAUCCUUACGGCAGCGGCGGAGGAGCACCGUCGAAGGGUUGCUCAGUGCCCAGGGGCUCUUGAGCCAAAGCAGCAUGGGAGAGUCCGAGGAUGAGACCUGGGACAUAACCAAGGUGAAGCUCUACGCCCACAAGUGCUGGCUGCAAGAUGAUGACAAGGACAACGAGCUCUCCGAUCGACUGCUCUCCCUGUCCAAGGGGAUAAACCAGUCGGCAGAGCAGUGCCAAAUCCACGAGAGCGAGUUGGAGGUUCCCUAUGAGAUGGAGGAGCAUUCCACAAUGCUGCAUCCAGCCGGAGUCUUGCGGACGACCUGGAACAUUCUAGUUGCCAUGUGCCUGAUCCAUGACUUGGUGGUGAUCCCUCUCUACGUCUUCGACAUACCCGACUCAUCAGUUCUGAUUGCGCUGGAGUGGUUCACUCAGCUCUUCUGGAACAUUGACAUUGCCAUGACCGUGCGUACUGGCUACUACUACAAAGGUCUGCUCAUCAUGGACCCUCGAAAGGUCCUGCGCAACUAUGUGAAGACAUGGCUGAUCCUAGACGUGACGUUGGUCUCUUUAGAUUGGGCCUUCGUGAUCCUCUCAUUGUCAGGUGUACAGGUAGACUCGGUGGCACAACUCUCGCGGACAAUCCGGUUCCUGCGCUUUCUCCGCCUGGUCCGGAUCUUGCGGUGGGUGAAAUUGCGCCGGAUGGCGGAAGUCUUCCAGGAGCUCAUUCAGUCGCAAGCUGCGAGCAUGUACUGGAGCCUCCUCUUCGGCAUCGCACGACUCAUCAUCUUGAACCACUUGAUCGCGUGCUGCUGGUUCGGCAUAAGCCGUCUGGAGGGCGCCAGCGACAACUGGGUGACCCAUGCUCGCCUGCAGGAGGAUACCACCUCUCCACCACACAUGUAUGCUGCCUCCAUGAAUUGGGCCUUCGCUCAGCUGGGCGUGGGCGUCUCAGACAUCAGUCCCCGCACGACGCUGGAGACAUACUUCUGCAUCCUCAUCGCUUUCCGGUCGCUCAUCACCUGCACUACGCUGAUCAGUCGCAUGACAUCGUUGAUGACUGCGCUGAUCAAAGUGAAGGAGGAUGAGGAGCGUGAGUUCCGGCUCCUUCGCAGCUACCUGGUCUUCAACGAGAUCCCUCAUCGCUUGGGGCAGAAGGUUACCAGGUUUUUGCAGCAUCAGUUCAGCCUCAAGCAGCAGGCAAAGACUGCUGAUUUACACGUUCCAUUGCUCGAGCUCCUCUCGCACCAGCUACAGGGGGAGCUCCAGUUUGCCCGGCACAGGGCAUCCCUCGCUAAGCUUGAGUUCCUGGACCACCUCAUGGACCACCUUGACCGGCAGAUCUUGCGAAUAUUGCACGAGCUGUGCACCGUGGCCCUGGACAGUUUGCCCGUGGCCUCCAAGGAUAUGGUCUUUCUCGGUGGUUCCCAGGCCCGCAAGACAUACCUCGUUUUGGCGGGCACCUUUACCUACCACCACGACGAUGGUGCAGAGAAGGUCGAUGCUGAGUCCUGCGGCUGGGUGGCGGAGAUGUGCUUGUGGACGCCUUGGGUCUACUUGGGCGACCUGGUGUCGCAUGACGUCUCUCGCAUCGUAGCCAUGGAUGCAUCUUUGUUUGGUCAAAUCUUGAGCCAAUCCCCGUCUACACAUGACCAUGCCAAAGACUAUGCCAAGAACUUUCUCAGCAUGAUGCGGGGCAAAACGUCCUGGACGGAUCUUCGCUAUGAAGCCAGAGACGACAACUCAGUUGGCAAUGUAAGCCGGCAUGCCUCCGUGAAGAAGCCACGUGCUUCCUUCGCUCCCUUUUGCUGCAGAAAGAAAUCCCAAAAGCAGAUACACAUUGAAGAGCUGGGAUGA